AUACACUGUCGGCUCUUUCACUUUCACGCUCGAAAAUCCUGUUGGGUUGGGUUGUCUUUCUCUUUAUUAAUUAACCCCCCCUGUCUCAGCUCGUUCCCUGAUCUCGUUCCCUGUAUUUUUUUUCCUCACUGAAACUGCUCAGGGGCAAAAAAUAAAAAAAAUGGAUAGACGUCGCAGGAAGCAAGCCAAGACAACAACUCAUUGCUCUGAUCAAGCUACUUCACAGCUCUUUCUGUGUGAUGAUUUGGUAGAGGUAAGCAGCAUUGAAUGGGAAUUCAUCAACAUGUCAGAACAAGAAGAAGAUCUCAUUUACAGAAUGUAUAAGCUGGUCGGAGACAGGUGGGCUUUGAUCGCAGGUCGAAUUCCAGGCCGCAAAGCUGAGGAAAUAGAGAGAUAUUGGAUUAUGAGACACUGUGAAGGGUUUGCCAGUCGACGAAAGGAACAAAAAAGAGAUUGUGUCAUAGUGACAGUGAUCGUGAUUUCCCUCGCCUAUCGGCCCUAAUUUUGAUUAUGAACAUUUGAACAGCUAUUCCAUGAUUGUACCCAAAAUCAUAUGAAGGAAAACGCAAGCUGUUCCCCAAAAUUUAAGAUCGAGGAUUUUUUUUAUAUAAUUUCACAAUAAAGAAAUAUAAAUUUCUUGUCCA